AUGAUUAAAAAAUCUUUAAGUGGAGGAAUAUUUGAUACCCGUUUGCAGACCAAACCUCAGGAAGCAGCUCCACCUCCGCCGCCACCUGAAAAAACUGGUGGACGUACUAUCUGGAGAAAUAUUAUUUGGCAGUUAAUAUUAUUUGUUUAUUCGGGUAUUGGAGGAGUUGCAUUUAGUGCUAUUGAAGGUGAACAUGACGAAGCCGUGUUACUCAAUAAGUACCAUGACGAAGUAAAGCGUUUCGAGGCGCGAAAAAUCUACCAGAUUGACUUUCAUUCGACUCUAGAAGAUGGAAAUUUGGACGAUUUUCGAACCAAAUUGAUAAGGAAUGCUAUAGCUAAUUAUGAAAAGCAGAUUGGAGUUUUUAUUAAAGAGCCAGUUAGGGAGCAUACACACUGGGAUAUAUGGGGAGGAGUCUAUUACUCGGCCAGUUUGUAUACUACUAUUGGGUAUGGCAAUUUCCAUCCCGAAACAAAUGCUGGUCGAAUUGUUUCAAUGGUUUAUGCAUUUUGUGGUAUACCAUUGGUUUUUACGAUUAUGUUUGAGUGGGGCUUUCUGUAUUUCUCUUGGUUAGAGAUGUUUUGGAAAUGGUUCAACCAAAAAGUUUUUAAAAGCAGCCAGGAAGCAUUGAUACGACGUCGUUUAGAACAGGAAAGGACUCGUCGAGCUGGUUGCCAGAUGUCGCUGAGAACAACAUCUACACCAAAAUUCAUUGAAAGUGGCAAGCGGAUUGCACAACUUGAGAUAGAACUUUCGGAAGCAGAAAAGCAACGCACUGUUCCCUUAAAAGUAGCUUUAGUGUUUUUCUUCACGUGGAUUUUAAUUAGUGCUGCAGUGGUUCGUUUAUGGGAAACAAACUGGUCCUAUUUUACUGCAUAUUACUACUUCUUCACAUCCCUUACCACAAUUGGUCUGGGUGAUGUUGUCACUGAGUAUCCUCAAUACGUUAUUUUCAAUAUGAUUUUAACAAUGAUUGGGCUUUCAGUAGUCGGUCUUUGUCUUGCUAUCGUACAGUCAAAAAUUCGGUUAAUUUUUGAUCGAAUGAGCCGUUCAAUAGAUAGCCAAUAUAGAAUUCGGCAGAUAGAUCCAGAUGUCGCCACGAUGACCAUAAUUCCAAAUGAAAAAGAAGGCAUAAAAAGGUGCAGAAUUUCCCAGCCUUUGCAAGAUCGGUUGAUUUUUAUUGCUAUGGAUGAGCACAAGAAGGCAUUAUUGGAAGAGCGCUGGAAACAAAAAAGUUCUUUGAUUAACAAGGUGACGCAGACUUGGCCGAAAAUUGCUGAUAAAUGCAUCCAAACAGGUCAAAGAGAUUAUGAUGAUGACGAUGACAGCGACGACGAAAGUUACUCGGAUGAGUCAGGAGCCGAAUAUGAUGACUGUGGGAGGCGCAUCGUACCUCCAUCUAAUCUGCGUUAUAUAUAUACCGUAUUUGACUAG